AUGUUUCAGAACAUGGGAGGAGCCGGGCCCGCGGCUGGGCCCAACCAGAUGCAACUGCAGAAGUCGCAGAUGCAGAUACAUCAACACAUCCUUGGGACGCUACGCUCGCAGCACGUUCCUAUGGGAUGGCAGACGUCGCUGCCGCCGGAGGAGCGUGCUACCCCAAUCUUGAGCUUGCUCAAUCAGCUACGCAUGCUCAACGGCAAACGGCCCAUACAGGAGCUGCUUCAAAUAUGUGUUACUUUCGAGUACGAGAGGUUCAGGACAUCGCCAUCGAAGGAGCACUGGAUCAACGCGAUGAAGGAGAAAAUGGCGAAUUUGGCGGAACAGCGAACAAAGAAUGCCCAGAUGAUGCAGCCCGGAAACAACGUAUCGGCUGCGCCGAUGGGCAUAAUGCCUCAGGCUCCUAUGCAAGGGAAUAUGCAAGGCAAUAUGCCCAAUCAACCCCAAGGGCUCUUUCCGCAAGGAUUCCCUCCGCAGUUGCAGCACCAAAUGCAGGCCUCACAUAUCCCUAUGCAGCCUCGGCCUACGUCGUCUAUGGGCAUGGAGAACACCAUACAAGCGCCGGCCGCUCAACAACAACAACAACAGCAGCAGCAGCAGCAGCAGCAGCAGCAGCAGCAGCCUCAUCAUCAUCCUCAGCAGCAAGCGGCUCCUCAGGCAAGCAUGCAGCAGCCCGCACAGGUCGGAGGACAGGUCGGAGGACCAACCUUCACUCCGCACGAUAUGGCACGCAUCAAUCAAGUCGCCCAGAGUCUGGCCCAAAAAGCCUCGAAAGAGACGAUAGACAAGAUCAGGGGGGAUAUUCAGCGCAUGGACCCUGCGCAACGACAGAAGAUGGAACAGCAGGGCCAGGAUCUUGUUGCUCUUCACUUCAGACGCCCAGCAGUGUUGGCUCUCCAGAGGGAGAGGCAGAGGCAGCUCCAAGGUCAGACGCAGGGGCAAGGCCCGAUGCCGGGACAAGGCCAGAUGGCACCCGGAUCUAUGAUGCAAGGCCAGGGUAUCGGGCAACAACCCCAGAUGUCCAAUGCGCAGGGCCAGACGGGUCAGAUGGCGGGCGGGCAAGGUUUCAACUUCGCUCAACAGCAAGCCGUCGCUCAGCGUCAGGCAGAUGCGGGACAGCUUGUAGUGCCGGCAAGCAACAAUCCCAACACAAAUUCUCAGCCUGGUGGUCUUGGACAGAUGGGUACUCCUCAGCCCGGUCAGAUGCCGCCAAGGACACCAGGUCCCGGCCAGAACGCGAACGCGAACGCCAUGGCUCAGCAGCAACAGUCCCUUCGGAACAUGCAGCUUCAAAGGGAGCAAGCAAUGGCGGCACGGCAACUUCAGGCUCAGAACCAAGCCCGCAUCCAAGCGGCUCAGCAAGCGCAGCAGAUGUCACAGCUCAGAGGUCAAGUUGGGGGUCUGAACACGACGCAAGCUCCACAGCAGAGUCCCGCGAUGCCCAUGCUUACGCGCCCCAUGGCACCGCCAGGUCAAGGCAACGCCACUCCCCAACAGCGGCCGCCGUCGGCCACACCUCACAUGGGAAUGCAGCAACCUCAGCACUCUGGUCCCAACAUAGCUGCCAUGCAGGCCAUGCAUCAGCAACAACAACGGGCUGCGGCUGGUCUCGGCCAGCCUUUUGGAGGCGCAGUGCCCGGUCGUCAAAUUCCCCCGGGUAUCAACCUUACCCCCGAGCAGUACUCCAGGGCCAUGGCGCUUCCAGAUGAAAGCUUCCAGCAGCUAAUGACGCAGUUGCGGCCCAACCUUAAUGUGAAUCAGCCGAAAGGGUUCCCAGGCGCCCAGCAGCCGAUGCAGCAUCCUAAUGGCCCCAUGAAUCCGCAGAUGCUGCAACAGAUGUCGCAGCAGCAAGGACAGCAGGCCAUGAAUGGCGGCAAUAUCAACAUCGGACAAGUGAUGCCUGGCGCACCGCAAGGACAAGGCGGGGUGAACGCUCAACAGCAAGCGGAAUACCAAGCCAGGCUGAUGCAGCAGCAGCGGCAGGGCCAACUCCCUCCCGAGGUAGUCAAGGUCAUGGAUGGUCAGCCAUUCCCACCCGAAGUUGAAAAGGCUUUGAAAAUGAGUAUCCCCGAACAUGUGAAGACGUGGGGUCAGCUCAAGGAAUGGAUGCAGCGCAACCCGUCAGCUGUGCCUCAGGGCAAUCUUCAAAGGCUUAUGGAACUCCAGGGUUUCAUUUGGAAGAGGAGCCGCCAGCAGGCACAACAAGUGCAACAACAGCAACCGCCCAGUGCUCCCCAGACGAUGCCCAACGGCCCGACGGCUGUUCCCCAGAUGCAACCGAACGGGCAAGCUCCACCAGCUCCAAUGGUCCCUCCAGGCAUGAGUAUGCCGCAAGCGCAGCAGCGCAUGAACGGACAACAGAGUACGCCCAAUUUCUCAGGCAUGCCUGGCCCGACCGUGACACCGCAAGAGUUGCAAGAUGCUCGGGCAAAAUACCCAACGUUUCAAAACGUGCCAGACGAGCGCCUGAAAUAUUUCAUAUUGCAACAAAAGAUGCAGAGGCAGCGGCAACAAAUGCAGCAGAUGCAACAACAGCAGCAGGCUAGCACGGGCCAACCGCAACCUCAGGCACCCAGGCCACCACAGCAGGUUCAAUCACAUGUUACCGGAGUAAACAAACCUGAAGGACCUCAAAACAUCCCAAACAGUGGGCUGCAGCAAAUACAGCAAACCGGUCAAGCUCAAGCGCCACCUACAAUGCCGCAGUCCCAGCUUAAGCAAGGGGUCAAACGGCCGAGUGAGCCGGAUGUCAUCGAGGUGCCCGGACCAAAUCAGGCGCCGUCUGUGUCUGCACAAGCUCCGCCAAUGCAGAAGUCUCGCUCGCAACAGCGGCCUGGAAACAUGACCGGGGACCAGAUAAACACGCCCAACCCCCAGCAAGCCGCGCUAUUAAGAGCACAGGCGACGCAGCGUGCGCAAGAACAGAAGAACCAGCAGCAGCAACAGCAGACACAAAGCCAGCAACCCCCUAAUGCGCAGAACGCGCCAAUCCCCACUGGACAGUCUCUGGCGAACUUGAGGCACCAGAGAUUCCAGGAGCUGCUGGUGGAGACUCAGCGGGCCAAUCCUCGGCCGGCACCUGUCCCAACGCCUGACGACCUGAAGCAUCUCAUGGCGAAGCGCUUCAGUGAACAUUCAGCAAUUAUACAGAAUCUCGACAGGUGCUUAACAAUGUACUUUCAACAAACUGGGAAUGAGGAACAGAUGAGGGCUUUGCUGAAAUCGCGCAUGAUGAUCCACUACCAGUUAAGAGGCAACGAAUUUUCCUACGAUCAAGUCUCCAUCCAUCCACAAGAGUUUGACUACUAUAUCCAACACGUCACAAAAUUCGUCAGGAGCUUCAUGAUGUCCCAGAAGGAACGCCAGAUGCGCGAGCAACAGCAGAGGCAAGCGCAAGCAAAUGCCCAGCAGGCCCAGCAGACCCAGCAAGCGCCGCCGCAAGUCAACGAAACGUCUCAGCAGCCGGAGCUCAACGCCACGAACCUGCAAAACCUCCAACAGCAGCAGCAGCAGCAGCGACAGCCAAUCUUACCGCGCCAUCACCAAGCAAACCAGCGCCGCCAACAGCAACAGCAGAACAAACCGCCUGCUGCUCCUACUUCAGAACACGCGCCGCCCUUGCCUUUCGGUUCGCCUUCAGGCGUUCCUGUCUACCACGAAAAGGCUCAGGGUUUGACGGCCGACAAGCUGCAGCUGCCGAACAAGAAGCAGAAGAAGAACCAUCCCUCUGCUGCUUCGACUCCCGCCCAAGGCACACCCGGCUCGCUCGCAGGCUCCCCACAGGUACCCAAGGCAAUGCCUCCAGAGGUGGCUGCGGCCAAGGAGCAGCCGGUUGACGUAGCCAAGCCCAAGGAGGAAGUCAAACCGACGAUCAGAUGUCCGGAGCUGGACUGUGUCGCUGGAGACUUCGAGAACGAAGAAGAGCUGGAGAGACACAAGCAGGACGCGCACAAGCCGAUUACAGACUACGUCCAGUAUGCCGUCGAUACGCUCCGGGAGGUCCUUGGGCUUGAUGAGAACGGUAACAAGCUCCCCAAACCCGGCCAAGAAGCGCAGAAGAAGGCAGCCGCAGCGCCUGCACAGAAGCCCCAGCCAGCAGCACCAGCAGUCAAGCAAGGCGGCACGCCGGCGAUCAAGCCAGAGGCCCUAACCCCUGCCGCCACAGCUGCGGUUUCCACGCCAAUGGCAAGAGUCAGCAGCGCCCUGGCAGGCAUCAAAGCCUCCCCGACCGCGCACCUCCUCAAGACACCCCAGCACUCGAGCGCCAAAGUCCUCACACCCGGCUCCGCCGCCUCGACCGCCCCCGCCAAAGCCGCCGCCGGCAAGGACACCAGCGCCACCUCCAAACCCACCACAACCCCCUCCGCAGCCGCCGCAACCGACGCCAUGGCCAUCGACAGCAACGAGGAAGAAGACCCCUGGGCCGACAUGCCCUUCCGGCCCGGUCCAGACUUCGACUGGAUGGUCGAGGACCUCCCCGGCUGCGACACGCGGCGCAUCGUCGCGUGGCUCAACCACGAAGAGAAGGAGAAAGACAAGUUCGCCGCGCCGCGUGAGACGACGCCGGAGACGACCCCCGAGAGCACCCCGGAUAGCUCCAAGUCCGGCGGCGGCAGCAGCGACAUCAGCGAGGGGGAUCGGCUGAGGGUGUGGAUGAGCCGCGCGCUGGAGCCGCAGGAGAUGGACGUGGACUUCGGUGUUGGGGUUGGAUUGGAUGCGCUGGGGCUGGAUGAGGGGGGUGGGGAGGGGAUGGUGAGUUGGGUCGAUGAUGGGGAUAGGGCGAAGGGCGGGGUGGUGAGUUUUGGGGACCUGCCGGAGAUGGAUGUUUUUGAGGAGUGGGAUCGGCAUCUUGUUCCUGGGUGGGGGCAGGAUCCGUUCAUGGGAUCGGGGUAG